GUCCUCCUGGGCCAAGAGGUCCUGGGGGAGACAAAGGGUCCCAGGGGCCACCUGGCAAAGCUGGCCAGAAAGGUGAAAAUGGUGAAAAGGGAGCACCUGGUGUUCCUGGGCCUAAAGGAGAAAGGGGUCCAGCAGGGCUUUCUGGUGUACCAGGGAUGAAAGGGCCACCCGGAUCAAGAGGAAGCCCUGGGCCAAAAGGUUCACGAGGAUCUGGGGGCAGGGCGGGGCCUUCGGGAGAGAAAGGUGACCCUGGUAUACCUGGGCUGCCUGGAAGAGAUGGUCAGCCAGGUCCUCAAGGGCCACAAGGGCCGCAAGGACUCAGAGGGCCAGCUGGACCAGCUGGGCCUGCAGGACUGGAUGGACCCCGUGGGCCCGUUGGCCCCAUUGGCCCACCUGGCCCACCUGGACCUCCUGGAUUACCAGGACUUCCUGCACCAGUAGUUGUGUCCCCGGUAGAUCCACAAGGCUUUGUCAACCGCCAGGUAGCGCCACCCCCUACAAGUACACCAGGUACUAGCUUUUCUUAUACUCACUAUUCACAUUCACCAGUGGGUCUCAAACUUUUUAUAGUCGCGUACCCUGCCAGGCAUUUAAUGUCCUUCUGCGUACCCCCUCUCUCACACUGGUCACAAA